AUGUCCGGCCCAUACGACCAAUACAACCAACAAGGCUAUAAUCAGGGCUACAACCAAGGCGGUUACGGCCAAGGCCAACAAGGAGGAUAUCCCCAACAGCCAUACGACCAAAGCUACCCUCAACAAGGUUAUCCUCAGGGCCAGCAACCCGGUUACGAUCAGCAACAAUACGGUGGCUACCCUCAGGGACAACAACAACAGCAGCAACAACCAGGGCAAUACGGCCAAUACCCUCAAGAUCAGGGACACCAGCAGGGAUACCCACAACAAUACGGUCAACAGCCAGAUCAACAAGGCGGUGCACCCGGCGGAGCCCAAGACGGUGAGCGCGGUCUCGGAGGCGCGAUCACUGGCGGAAUUGCUGGAGGUUAUGCUGGAUCCAAAGCCAAUCAUGGAUUCAUUGGCACCAUCGCCGGCGCGGUGAUAGGCAGCCUUGCGGAAGACAAGCUCAAAAAGCACAAGCACAGCGGUAGCGGGCACGGGCACGGCCAUGGCCAUGGCUCAAGCGGAGGAAGCCAGUUUAGCGGUGCCGCAAGCAGUCUCGGGUCGCUCUUUGGCAAGAAGGCUGAGGAAUUGAUGGCCAGACAGUCAUGGUGCAGCGUUACUCCGGAAGCGAUCGGAUGCACCGUGGGGCAAAUCGGUAUUGUCAGGCGGAAACAGAUGCCAAGCCGAAAGUCAACGGCACUAUUGUCAAUUGGGUUAGCGUGCUAUUUUGACCUCGCAAGGCUUGGCGUGAAGGAGAAGAUAUCAAAACCGAUUCAAGUCGGGCCGAACGAUUUUCGGUGCCCUUCGCCCAACCUGUCAGGUGCUCAAUUCACCGAACUUGGCUCCAAUGUCAAGUCCGAAUAUGACCCACAACAUUUGCUUCGCAAUCCCCCACGACCUUCUGAAAUUACUCUCGAACUCCUUUUAGCCUCUCAAUCUCACCUUGGCCACGCUACCGCUCUCUGGAACCCUCGAAAUUCGAGCUACAUCUUUGGCGUCCGUGAUGGAAUCCACAUUAUUUCUCUCGAAGUCACCGCUGCAUAUCUGCGACGAGCGGCUAGGGUAGUCGAAGAAGUGGCUAGACGUGCAGGGUUGAUUCUAUUCGUCGGAACGAGGCCAGGUCAGCGCGGUGCGGUCGUGCGUGCAGCAGAGCUCGCCAAGGGCUAUCACAUCUUUGAUCGCUGGAUUCCGGGCAGCAUCACAAACGGCCAGCGGAUUCUGGACGAAUGUGCACUAAAGGUUGUGGACGAGUUUGAUAACGAGUUGCCCGAGUACACAACGGCUUUGGGAAAGCAUCCCGUUUUGAGACCGGACUUGGUGGUCUGCCUGAAUCCGCUGGAGAAUACGGCGAUGUUGUCUGAGUGUGCGGCUUAUAAUAUUCCGACCAUUGGGAUUAUUGAUACGGAUGCCGAUGUGACCACGGUUACUUAUCCGAUUCCAGCAAACGAUGACAGUUUGCGCUGUGUUGCCGUGAUUGCGGGCGCGCUGGGCAGGGCUGGAGAAGCUGGUCAGAAGAAGAGAAUGGAAGAUGCACGGCAGGGUAUCUUGCCGUAUAAACGUGUUUCGAAGAAAUGGUUCACGAAACCAUCGGAUUCACCAGAAGAGGGAAAGUAUGAGGAAUAA